CACCAUCUCGGCUGCCAUAGUUCGCCUCGUCACGUGGGUGUCCCGUCGUCAUGGCGGCCGUUGGGAGGCCGGUGCUCCUCGGGCUUCGAGACGCCGCAGUGCGCGGCCGCCCUACGGGGCCCGGCGCCUGGACCGCGAGCAAGCUGGGCGGCGUUCCGGACGCUCUGCCCGCCGUGGCAGCGCCGAGGCCAGCGUGUGAACUUUGCCGGCAGCCGCUGGCGCUGGCCGUGCAGGUGUACUGCCCGCUGGAAGGCUCCCCGUUUCAUCGGCUUGUGCACGUGUUCGCUUGCCCCCGCCCCGGGUGCGGGAGCGGCGGGGCGCGCAGUUGGAAGGUGUUCCGCUCCCAGUGCCUGCAGAUGCGGGAGACAGAGACGCAGGACGCUCAGAAACAGGAAAAUGGCCUCACAGCUGAGAACUGGUGUGAAGGUGCAGAUGACUGGGGAAGUGACAGUGAGGAGACGCCUUCAUCGCAGCUUACCUUGGAUUUUGGAAAUGAUUACAGCAGCGCCAAAGAGAAAGACUGGACUGCUCAGCUCCAAGACCUCCGCCUGCAGGAUGCUGUCCGCGGUGCUGCUCCUCCUGUGCCCCCUGGGGAAGGGGUGGCCUUGCCUCCUGGGCUGCCGCAGUUCCCGCCCUACUACAUCUGUGUGGUAGAUGAGGAUGAUUACAGGGACUCUCUCAGUCUGGAUCAUGCUCACAGCCUUCUGAGGGACUAUCAGCAGAGGGAAGGAAUUGAUAUGAAACAGUUGCUUUCCCCAAGUCUUUCUGGUGAUGGUGAUGAAAAAUAUGAGAAGACCGUAAUUAAAAGUGGAGAUAAGAUGUUUUACAAAUUCAUGAAGAGAAUUGCUGUUUGUCAGGAGCAGAUUUUGAGGUAUUCCUGGAGUGGAGAACCACUUUUUUUGACCUGCCCUACAUCAGAAGUCACUGAGCCCCCAGCCUGUAGCCACUGUGGCGUCCAAAGGAUAUUUGAGUUUCAGCUUAUGCCAGCACUGGUCAGCAUGCUUAGAAGUGCUAAUUUAGGUCUUUCUGUGGAAUUUGGAACCAUUCUAAUAUACACAUGUGAGAAGAGUUGCUGGCCUCAAAAUCAUCAGACUCCCAUGGAAGAAUUUUGUAUCAUACAAGAAGAUCCAGAUGAAUUAUUAUUUAAGUAGCGUUUUUCCUUUUAUUUAUAGAAAUUAAAACACAUUUUAAUGUUUAAAU